AUGACAAUGAAUCGUGAUACACUUCUUCGAAUAAUUAUUUGUAUACAUUUUACUUUUAUAAGCAUGGUACUAAUGGCUGAUUGGUUACCUAAAUCAUAUCUUCUCAAUCAAGUUACUAUUUUAGCACUUGGUUUUUGGGCUAUAGUACAUCGUGAAAAUGUUAUUCAAGUUGAACUUUUAAUGUUAAUUGAAAUUUUUUCAAUUGUAUUAGAUUCAAUUGGUAUUGGAAUGUAUUUUCAAAUUGGAAAACAAACUUAUAGUACUGGCAGUAGUAUUGCAUAUUUUGUUAUUAGUGCUCUUUUUGCUAUAGUUCAUUUAUUAAUUAAACCAAUUAUACUUGUAUUAUUAAAUAAAGUUCGUCAAGAUCGUCUUAGUGAAUCUACAUUUGGUAUAUGGACACCUACACCAGGAUAUACACCAGUCGAUGGACGAUAA